AUGAUCCCCGUCCUUCGCCGCUUGACAUUCAAGCUCAGGUCCAUCACAGGCAUUGUGGAGGAGCUGGAGGCUAUCGGGUCUCCUGCGGAGGCCAAAACUUUCCUGAUCUUGAUGAGGGUCUACUGCAGAGGGGACAUGCUUAUCUUCGCUCGAGAGGUGUUUGAUGAAAUGGGUAGGAGAGGGUUCAUGCCGAACACGCUUGCGAGAAAUUUGAUUAUCGAUGGGCUGUUUAAGAACAGUCAGUUUUGCGAAGGGAUGAGAUUUUUUAGAGAGACCCAGAUGCCGAAUUUCUUUACUUUUAACAUUGUGAUGAGAAAUCUUUGUGAGCACGGGGAUUGGCAAGAGGUGGGGAGAAUCAAGGAGGUCUUUCAGUUGAUGGGGUUUAUGCAUGUUUCAUGUAUGCGGCCUACCAUGGAGAUUUGGAGAAUUUUGAUUGUUGUGUUGUGCCAAGCUGGCAACGUUCCUUUGGGUUUUGGUUUGUUUGGGAAAAUGAUAGAUUCGGGAUGUUUGUUGACUGUUGUGUCGUAUACGUCGCUUAUUAAAGGGCUCCUAAAAGCUCGAAUGUUGAGCGAAGCCAUUGGUGUUUGGGAUAUUAUGGUCAUUGCCUCGGUUACCGUCGACUGCCGCCUCGCCGCCCUUUACACAAAGCUAUAUUGA